CAUCCAUAUAACGAAUCGUUCCUUUCGGUGUAUCCCAUUUUUAAUCAAGCAACAGGCUUCCAAAUCGAACGUUUCCAUUUAGACACUCCCGAACAGAACUCACACGCAGACCGAAAGCACUCAGGGUUAUUUAGCAGCUGAAGGAGCCCGAAGAACUGGAGAGGAUCUAGAAUGACUACCUCCGUUUUGGCCACGAUGUGCGCCGAGCGCCUAACCAAGCUUCUAGUCCGCUACUCCCGAGCCCAGCCCGUGGUGCGAAAUCAGUCGCAGUGCGUCGACAAGGUGCUGAGUCCUCUGCCGAGGAGCGGAGCCACCAUGGCCUAUCUAAGAUCAGGUCCUUCCCAGGAUCCUCCCCAAGCCAAGCCAACCAACAAGUGGCAGCCGAUGGGCACCAUCACGAGCCUCGGCCAAAGGUUCCAGCGGGAGGCCAUGGAUGAGCUGUGUGCCAAGGCCAAGGACCGCCUGCUGCCAAAGUCCGAACCGCGACGUCUGAGCUUCCCGAGGAACCAAGCCAUCUUCCCCAACAAGUCGAACGGAUUGGAGGACUGGAAGCAACUGGGAGCCGGACGGUACUCGGCUCCGUUUGCCAGCAUUUUCCAGGGCCAGAGUUGUGCGAAUAUGCCGAGAAAAUCCUUCACCCAACAUCCACUUGCCUUCGAUCGCCAAAAGCUGUAUCGGGACUGCUAUUAACCGAACACAAAGGGAUGGUCUUCGAUCUUUCUUCCAAUCGCAUCCACAGCUCAGCCAUAAUACUUAGCUGUAUAGUGUUGUGACUGAGUUGCGGCUGAGACAGGCAUCGAGUCUCCAAGAUUGUCCCUAAUUCGACGUAUUAAAGAUGUA